AUGGAUACUGGUGCAGACAGCCAGUCUAGCAGUCUGCUUGAUGCAGUCGAGCACUUGGAAGCCGUUGCAUUUAUCCCGCCAAAGCAGAGAUUCACAGAUGCUAGCCAACUAGCCAAAACAAUUGCUUCAGACGCGUACGAGAACGGCAUUCCUCAGUCAGCGCUUGCCCGCCUCCUGAAGAUUCUGACCACAAAAAACAGCCUGGACCAAGGCACAGUGACAUCCCUGGUCAAAAACCUGUACCCGCAAGAGAGAAUUGCGUCCAGAAAUGUCACGCAAAUCAUUUGCUGUCUUGGGCCCAGCAAGAGCAAACCCAGUCAUGCGACACAGGCUUUACUGUUGCGUUGGUUGAUUCUUUCAUAUGAUCUUUUCGAGGACAGGUCGCAUCUGGCAAAACUCUAUGCGGUUCUUUUUAAUCAUUUAGAUAUGCUUAGUUUACGAAAGCCAUUGUGUCAUCUUCUUUCGAUUAUCACGAGACGAAAACAUGUCAAGCCUUUCCGAAUUCAAGCUCUGAUGGAGCUGAUCCAGGUUUCGGGUGGGGAUGACAGAGAGUUGAUCAGCCUCCUUCGGAUCUUCAAGAACUACUACCCCGAAAUUAUCUUGGGUGAUUUCGGCGGAUCGAGGAGAAAUGCCCUUUUCUUCAAACAUCCCGACCCUGAAUGGUCAAGCCAUGCGAAGGUACUCCAAGACCAGAAUGCAGAAAGAGUGCAGGCAGGUCAGCAGUCGGAUUUCCAAGUUGUUCAUCGGGGGACCGUGAAACGAAGCAGAAUCGAGGUGGUUGUUCCGACUUUACAAACUUCACGGGUAUCGUACAAGCAGACAUCACUUGAGGAGCUUCGUGAUGUCGGCCAUUUUGUGGAAAAGAUUGAAAAGAUUGAACUACCAGAUCAGGUUAUUUCAACCCUAGGUGAUGCAAUGGCUCAGAAGUAUCUCCAUCUGGUCCAAUCUGAAGCUGCAUAUCAUCGUCUCGAUGAAUGGCUGAGAAGUUUCUUGGAGGAUAAGCUUGAGAUGAUCCGUGAAGAUGAGGAUGAUGACCCGGAAACAUUAUCAUAUGUGUUGGAAUUUGUUGUAGGAUAUGCCACUUACACCAAGGAUCUCCCAUCGUCAAUCCGUGCAUUUUUGAAGUCCUAUCUACAAAUAUGGAAUGGCAAAGAUAAUCGUGAACACGUCUUUCGGCUUCUUCGAUACACCCCAAUUACACCCUUCCACUCUCUACGCAGUGAAUUGCUGUCACCCCUGGAAUCUACUAUACUGGAUGAAAACCUUGGUUCCAGAACAGCAUUACUAGGCUUUUACUCAGCACUGAUCAGCCAAUGGGGCGUGAGACUACGAUCAGAACCUGCAACACCAGAACAAUCACAUCCUCUGAGCCAGAUGAUUGUACACGUCGAACUUCUAGCGUCCUCCAUCCUAGAGUUUCCCGCGGACGAAGACCAAAAACCCUCCAAGCCAGCAGCAGAUUCCGUGCUCGAGUUCUACAAGGCUCUAGCAGACCUCUUCUCCCACGCACCCGAGGACGCUCGAUUCCGACUCACUCUCCCCUACGCCCAGACCGUAUACACUCUCGCUUUCAUACCAAAUAUCUCCGUGAUAUCAAGCCUUGAGUCUGUCCUAGCCGUCUACAAAGCCGCAUUCGAAGCCUCCCUCAGCUCACAAGUCCUCCAAUCACAAGGCACCCCAGCCUACGGAACAGACCUCGUAGGCCGUUUCAACGGGUAUGUCAUGGACAUGUGCAACGUACUAUGGCGUAAUCGUGCCCUCAAUACAGAAGACCCGAACGCACUAGGCUGCCUCAUCCCAGCAAAGACUGUCACUGCCCUGACAACCUACGUGCGCGACGUGAACGAGGCUGCCAAGCACUAUGACCGUGAGAAUGCAUUCCAUAUUGCUCUUACUUCGAUAUUCUCUCUCAGUCACCACGCCGCAUUCUGCAAUUUGUCUGCUGCUUGUUUUGCGGAUGUUGAAGAAGAUCAGGAUGUCACGGGUGAUCGUCCGAAAUUAGGGAAGCCGGCUACUCAUAAAGCACUUGUUGCACUUGAGAAGGAUGGUGGCGCUAAAAUGACUUGGCAGGAGUAUCGCGUACAUAUGUUGGAUUGGUUAGAUGCCCUUGGGUGUCGGGGUACCGGUAUUUUGAUGAGGAGUACGAUGAAAGCUUUGCGAAAGGAGUAG